AAGGCUGCACAUGGAUCGCCCGAUCAUUCCUAGGACGAGUUUCUUGGUGCUCACUUUGCCUUUUGAGUGCCUAUGAAGCAUGAAGAUAUAUUAUGUUGAAAGAAGUACAGAUCUGCGAAAGCAACAACCUACAUAUGCUUCAUCGGACGCAAUUCUCUCGACAGGGGGUGGAAUUCGAAGAUUGUGGCCAACAAGGUGGGCGAGAGUUGGAGAGCGGGCAGACGGCCAUCGCGUUCACGCCGCUGCACCAGCUGGAAACCGACGGAAGGACCGGCGCCGUCCAAUCGCCUACGCGGACGUGGACGUGGCCUACAUGCGGGCGGUCGAGAACGGAGCGGUACCGGUGAGUCCGCCCCAGGCCAAGAACUGGGGGCAGAUGGUGGUGCGCUGGGAGAACUACUUGGUGGAAGCCCGUCCUCCGAUGUGGCGAUGCGUGGUCAUAUUUAUCGCUCUAAUGGAUUAUGGUAUUUAUCUUUGGCAAGGUUAUCCAGAAAAAGUCCCAACGCUUUUACACCGAGCAUUUCUUUUUUUUAGUUUCUUUAAUUUACCUGGGUGCCACUAGAACAAGUAUGUCAUUGUAAGUUAAGAGCGUGUCGUAUUC